AUAACCAAACCGAAUUUAAUGAGGAAGACGAAAUUGAAUCCACUGAAGAAGAUGGAGCCGAAUCUAAUGAUGAGGAUAAGAUCGUAUCAAAUAAAGAGAAUGAAGAAUUAUUUGAAACACAAACUUGUGAAAUGCUUGGACAAAUUUACACUACCAAGAAAGAUAUUCUAAAUUGUGUCCAGGAAAUAGCCCAGCUUUCAGGGUUUGCUGUAACUGUUAAAAGUAGUGGUCAUCGACACUUCCAUCUUCAGUGUAAACGUGGUGGUCAACCCCGGAAUACUUCGAAUUUAACAGCAGAAACUCGUCAAAAAAAAAGGAUGAGCAAGCAUUCUAAAAAUGCAAGGGUUUUUCAUGAACAUCGGCAAUUAACACAAGAAGCAAAGCAUACAGCUGUGCAAAUGCUAAAAGCCGGUGCAAAACCCAGUACAAUUUAUGAAGCUAUCAGAGAUGAGAAUGGAGAACCGACUGCUACAAGGAGAGAUAUAUUAAAUCUGAGUUCACGAAUUUAUAUUUCUGAAGAAAAUUCUUCGAUGGAGGCGCUAAUAAUGAACAUGGAAAAAAGAGGAUAUACAGUUCGUCGUGAAACUCAUAAAGAAAUUAUUAUAAUCGAUGCAACCUACAAGACGAAUGUUUACAAACUGCCAUUUGUAAAUUUUGUUGGCAUUAGUAAUCUUGGGGUUAAUCGAUUACAAACUUUUGGAAUCGCUGGUGCCUGGAUCUCUGAUGAAUCUGAAAAGUCUUAUGUUUGGGUGGUUGAACAACUUGCAUCUAUUGUCUUUUUUGAUAUUUUUCCUCUUGUAUUCGUUACGGAUAACGAUGCUGCGCUCAUUGGAGCUUUUAAAAAAAUUUUUCCACAGUCUGAACAUCUCUUAUGCAUCUGGCAUGUUUUGAAUAACUUCAAAAAAAAUUUGAGAAAGCACUUUGUUGAUGAUUCUUUCGAUGAAAUAAUUAAAAUUGUAGAUCGCAUUAUCCAUUUGAGAGAUUAUGAGAUGUUAAAUUUGGCAAUCGCUUCAUACAAAAAACUGGCUGCAUCAAGUUUUAAUGAAAGUGCACAUUCAGCUAUGAAACGCGCUAUUGAGAGUUCAGGAAGUUUAACAAAACUUUUGCUACAAUAUGAGAACGAAAGUAUGAAUAUUGAUCCUCUGCUAACGUGGGAUGAUAAGAAUCGGUUAAAACCAUUAUUAGGAAAGGUAUCGCAAUUCGCUUUAAAUAAAAUUAAGAGUGAGCUACUUAGUGUAACUAUGUAUAAGGCCUGUUUAUGUGAAUUGCGUGUCAAUUAUAAUAUACCUUGCCAACAUAUGCUUCCACUAAAAGGUCCUGUUGAGUUAUCAGUAAUUUCAAAAAGAUGGCUAUUAUCUUCUGGACAAAAUCAAAUCAAUUCUAAUUAUUUAAUGAAAGACUUAUCUCUGAUUGAUCUUGAUAAUUCUUUACUUAAGUCUCGAUUAUAUAAAAUUGAGACGCAAUAUAUGAAUUUUCCGGAUGAACAACAAAGAUCAAUUCUGCUGCAAAAACUUGAUAAUGUCUUAGCAGUACCCGAAACUAAACUUUCUGAAAUCAAGAUUCCAGAACAAAUUACUGGAAAAGGACGCCCCUCUGGAACUAAACGAUUACCGAUUGCAAGACAAGAAAUGCUAUUGAAUUUUCGAAUUCCUGCUGAUGACGUGGAUCAAAUUUAUAAUCCAAAAAGUGACGGUAAUUGUGGAUUUCGGGCACUUGCUAUUGCUAUUAGAGACAAUGAGGAAAAUUGA